ACGUUCUACCGUCACUGUCUCAACACCACCGAGCCUAGCGUUGUACCGAAUAUCUCCACUGUGGAUAGCCAUGCCGUGGCCACCCUGCCCCGUACUCGCCGCGUUGACCUUAUAGACCCCAGCAGUUCAGAGGCUGAUACCAGCGCCAUAGUCCCAAACCCGAAUGCAACCACCCCGUUUGUAGUAGUCACGCAGUCGGAAAAUAAAAGGACGGAUAACGGGACGGAUGUAUCUGCUGAGCCCGUUGCUGAGCCCGAGCCAAUCCCUGUCCCAGUACCCGCGAGCAAAGUCACGGCCACGUGCGACAAGCCUGUGACUUAUGUGUCACCGUACGCGCUCAGAAUCGUGUGGAACUUCGUGUACUGGUUUGCACAAU